AUGAUAGGGAGUUGGAAUAUUAGAGGCCUUAACGGCUUCUCGAAACAACGUGCUGUGCGGAAUUGGAUUUCUGACUCUUCUUUGGGUUUGAUUGGUUUGUUGGAGACUAAGGUUGAGCAGUCUCAUUUACAGUCAGUGGUCUCGUCUGUUUGUCCUUCGUGGCAAUUUUUAUUGAAUGCGACAGAUUCUAUUGCUCGCCGUGUUCUGGUAUGUUGGGACUCUUCUCUUUACUCUAUGCAUAGUCUUCAUUGCUCUCUUCAGGAGAUUACUUGCAGGGUUACUCAUGUUUUUGAGGGGUUCUCAUUUGGGAUUACUUUUAUGUAUGGUUCUAAUGACCCUGGGAAUCGCUGCAAUCUGUGGGAUUUCCUUAGGGAUCAGUCGGCAGUGUUUGAUUCAGAGGGGCUCCCAUGGCUUGUGUUGGGGGAUUUUAAUGCCAUGUUGGGAGCCUCUGACAGAGUGGGUGGUGAUCUUGCGUGGUAUGGUUAUAUGGAUGAUUUUGGCCAAUGUAUCCAUGAUGCUGAGUUGAUUGGGGUUCCUUUUACUGGGCUUUGGUAUACUUGGCAUAACGGUCAACAGGGCGAUUGGAUUAUUUUACGGAAGCUCGAUUGGGUCUUUGCAUCACUUUCUUGGUUCCUUGAUCGACCAAGCACAGUUUCAGAGUUCCGACCUCAGGAUGUUUCAGAUCAUAGCUCUAUUGUGUUCCGGUUUGGUCCCCGCCGUGGCAAGGUACCAUCCUCUUUUAAAUUUCUAAAUUUUUGGGCUGAUCGUGCAAAUUUUAGGGAUAUUGUUCAGGCAGUUUGGGACGAGCCUAUUGUAGGCAAUCCUAUGUUCUAUCUUACACAGAAAUUGGGGUUAGUGAAACGGAAGCUAAAAGCUCUACAUAUUAGGGAUUCCAGUCAUAUCUCCAGCAGGGUAAUUGAGGCUCGGGCUCUGUGGACAGCAGCCCAGGGAAAUUUGGAUCGGGACCCUUUUUUUACUGAGUGUAUCUCUGAGGAGAGGAACCUUGCCAACCAGUAUUUUAGUCUUUGUCGAGAUGAGGAUGCUUUCUUUAAGUAG